CCAGAAGCUCUGAGCAGUGAGGCGUUGUCUGACGUGGUCAGAUCGAGUCAGCAGAGAGAGAAAUCGCAGGUGCGGCCUGGUGUCAAGGUAGUGAUCUCCCAUCACUUACCUUUCGGCCUACUGCCACCCGCAAGAGCCAUGAUGUCUCAGGAUCAAGAGAGUCCACAGUGCACAGAUGAUCAGCACCUCCAGAAGCACGGUGAGGCCCAGGGCUCUCAGGUUGCUCAGGGCUCCAAGGCAGUGGAGGAAACUUCUCACUACUCCUCUCACACUCUGAUGCCUGUCAACCUGAGUGAGGCUGCUUCUGCUGAGGCACCCAGUGCUCCUGAGGGUCCUCAGGGUUUCUUCACCUCUUCCAUUGCCAUCAUUGCCACCUUAUGGCGUAGAUGUGAUGUGGGCUUCAGUAGUGAAGAAGAGGAGAGUUCAAGCACCUCAGAGGAUGAAUCAGAUGAUGAGAAUGUGCCUGCUGAUGCUCUUGAUCAGAAAGUGGCCUUGUUGGUUAAUUUCAUGCUGAUCAAGUAUCGAAUGAAAGAGCCAAUAAGAAAGGCAGAUAUGCUGAAGAUCGUCGUACAAGAGGAAUUCCCUGAGAUCCUCCUGAGAGCCUCUGAGCGCAUUGAGAUGGUCUUCGGUCUUGAUGUGAAGGAAAUAGACCACUCAAGCCAGCGUUAUGGCCUCUUCAUCAAAUUGGGCCUCACCUACGAUGGCAUGGAGAGUGGUGAAGACAGCAUGCCCAAGACUGGCAUCCUGAUACUCAUCCUGGGUGUGAUCUUCAUGAAGGGCAACCGUGCCACUGAAGAGGAAGUCUGGGAAGUGCUGAAUAUGACCGGAAUCUAUUCUGGGGAGGAGCAUUUCAUCUUCGGCGAUCUCAGGAAGCUGAUCACCCAUGAUUUGGUGAAGGAAAACUACCUGGAGUACCAGCAGGUGGCUAACAGUGAUCCUCCACGCUACGAGUUCCUGUGGGGCCCAAGAGCGCAUGCUGAAACCACAAAGAUGAAGAUCCUGGAGUUUGUGGCCAAGGUUCAUGGGACUGACCCAAGUUCUUUCCCUUCUCAGUAUGAGGAGGCCAUGAGAGAUGAAGAAGAGAGAGUCAGUGCUGGCCCCACCUCUGUGGCCACUGCGGGUUGUAGUGCUGAGUCCAGUAGCUUUGCCUCCUCCAAGUAAAGUCAGGGUAGAUUGUUCAUAUGCUGUUGAAGAAGGAAGUUGGUGUUUAGAAAAUGUAGGUUCAGGUUGGGGCUAGAGGAAAACAAAAUAUAUCAUCUGUGUGUUCCUAUUUUGUAUAAUGUGACAGCAUUUUUUAUUGUUUGAUAGCUGUAAUACUCAAAUGCUGAUUUGUUCUAAUAGAGACUUAGUUACCUUCAAAAUCUCUAAGGUUUAACUGAUAUUGA